UGGCUCUCUCUCCUUCGACCACGUAUUAAAGAGACAUGGCGGAACAAGAACAUGAGGCGGCUGCCGAGCAGCUGGAGGAGGACUUCUCUGUGUGGAAGAACACACCCUCGUUGCACGAUCUCGCACCCUCUCGAGUGGCCGUCUUCGCCUUCCACUUAAGAAGAAUUCAUUUUGAGAUGAUACAACAGCAAUUGUCCGGCAAACAAACAAGUCCUGUUUCGUAGUCGCCCAUGGUGAUUCCUACUGAGACUUUAAAAGCCAAUGCAAUACUGACUCUCUUACAAGGAUGCAACAAUCUGAAAUGGCUUCGAAAACUCCACGCACACGUCUUUGUUUAUGGCCUUCAACAGAACACUGCCAUUGCAAAUAAACUCCUCAACUUCUGCGCCAUCUCAGUCUCUGGCUCGCUGGAGUAUGCUCAACUACUCUUCAAUUACAUUGAAGAGCCACAAACCCAAGCGUGGAAUUCCAUCAUCAGAGGCUUUGCACAGAGCCCAUCCCCUCUCCACGCCCUUAUCUAUUACAACCGAAUGUUGAGAUUCUCUGCUUCUGUUUCUUCUCCGGACACCUUCACUUUCUCCUUCGCACUCAAGGCCUGUGAGAGAAUUAAGGCUUUUAUCAAGUGCCGAGAGGUUCACGGAUUUGUUAUACGAAGUGGGUUUGACAACGAUGUCAUUGUCUGUACCGGCCUCAUGCGAGCUUAUGCUGCAAAUAAAUGUGUGGAGAAAGCGCGGAUGGUGUUCGAUGAUAUGUCUGAAAGGGAUUUGGUUUCGUGGAAUGCCAUGAUAUCUUGCUACUCCCAGGCGGGUUAUCACCACGAGACAUUGGAAAUGUUUAACUUGAUGAGAAAUGAGAAUGUUGGUCUUGAUAGUUUUUCCCUGGUGGGCUUGCUAUCGUCUUGUGCGCAUGUGGGUGCAUUGAAUAGGGGAGUUGAGUUGCAUAGAAUUGCCCGUGAGAAGGGCUUUGUGCAUGGUGUGUAUGUGGGGAAUGCUCUCAUUGACAUGUACGCUAAAUGUGGGAGUUUGGAUGGUGCUCUCGAAGUGUUUAAUGGGAUGCAAAAGAGGGAUGUUCUCACUUGGAACUCGAUGAUAGUUGGGUUUGGAGUCCAUGGCCGUGGCAAUGAAGCAGUCUCAUUCUUCAGGCAGAUGUUGAUGUCAGGAGUCAAGCCAAAUUCAAUCACUUUCCUUGGCGUGCUGUGUGGAUGUAAUCAUCAAGGCUUGGUUGAAAAGGGUGUUGAGUUUUUUCACAUGAUGACCUCCCAAUUCAAUCUGAGUCCCGGAAUUAAGCACCAUGGAUGCUUGGUGGACCUUUAUGGACGAGCUGGGAAGCUUGAUAAGGCACUCGAAAUCAUACACAGUUCUCGUUUAGAGAAAGAUCCCGUCUUGUGGAGGACCCUGCUUGGCUCUUGCAAGAUCCAUGGAAAUGUGGAAAUCGGAGAAAUUGCUUUGAAAAAUCUGAUCCAGCUUGGGGCAUCAAAUGCAGGGGACCAUGUCCUACUCGCAACGAUAUAUUCUAGAGCGAAAGGCGCAGAAGGUGUUGCGAGGAUGAGAAAAAAUAUCAAAAACCUAGGAACAAAGACAACUCCUGGUUGGAGUUGGAUUGAAGUUGGUGAUAGGGUUCAUAGAUUUGUUGUGGAUGACAAGUCGCAUCCUGACUCCAAAAAAAUUUAUGAAAACUUGGGGGAAAUAAUCCAUCGAGCCACCUUGGUUGGUUAUGUUGAAGAAGAUUAUGUUGUGGCCCUGAAUGGAUCCUCUUCUGAAGAGUGUCUGGAGAGUCCUAGCUCGUGUCACAGUGAGAAGCUGGCGAUCGCUUUUGGAAUUGCUACUACACCCAAAGGAACAAGUCUUCGAAUUGUGAAGAACCUAAGGGUUUGUAGAGACUGUCAUUCAUUUACAAAGUAUGUUUCUAAAGCAUUCAAGCGAGAUAUUAUCGUUAGAGAUCGAGUUCGGUUUCAUCACUUCAAGGAUGGCCUUUGUUCUUGCAGAGACUAUUGGUGAUUUAAUGGUAAUAUCAUCCAUUUUUAUUAGGCUGUGGCAUAUUUUCAUUUGUUCUAUGUUUUAGAAACAAAAAUGUUUGCAGAAUAAACCCAACACAAUUUCAACAUAAGUGAAUCCAUCUAACGGACGGAUUCUUUCUUGUCUCGACUUGUGGAUUCAUGUAGCCAACUCCAACAAGAACCACUGCUUUGAUAUACCGUUGGAGGGUGAUUCAUC